AAUGAUUACACUUAUUUACAGUAAAUAUGAUUGAUUACCAUAUGCAUUAAAAUUACUUCCACAAUUUAUAUACAGGUGUAUUACAUACAAUGCCUAACAUAUGAGUUUAAAUGUUUGCUGUGAGUUUGUAAGCUUUUCCGUUUCCUUUGGCCAAAGUAGGUGUAGUGUUGUUUCUGAAGUACAGCUCUAACCUCAAGAAAGGAAGUCAGCUCUAUAAAAGCACAAUACUGAGUGAGAUUUUCAGUCCAUCUGCACUUCAACACGAGAAACGUGUCAGACCACCGCUACGCCUCUGUGAAGUCAAUAAGAAUAACUUCCAUUUUAUCAGGAUUUAACAACUUCCAUCUGAACAUGUGUGACUUUGAGCUGGCUGAUGCACUGGCAUGUUCACCUGAGAAGGCAUGUCACUGCUCUGACAUGAUGGAAGAAGACAGAGAAAAAUUCAGUGGGGAACUGGACCUGACGGUUUCCUGUCACAGGACUAUGAAGGGUGUCGUUACACUGGUGCUGGUGGUGAACAAGAUCAACAAGCUGCUAUCUAAGUGUGGCAGGGAGCUCAGCGAUGACGAGCUCUACAGCUUCAUCAUGGACCAGGUGGUGGAAGAAACUAUUGUUGAGAGGCACUGGAACGCCUCCAUGGAACAGAGAAAAGUCAUCUUUGAACGUGCCAACAGCUUAAGAGAAUGCAUGUUAACUGAUAUGUCCCAGAAAAAUUUAAUCUUGGACUCAAACUGUGAUGAGAAGCACUACAAACUGCAGGCCAUCACUCUGAAAGCAGGAUACGACCAUUUAAAAGUGAAUUUUAACAUGUCAAGGUACAUCUCUAAACCUGGAGCCACAGCCGUGGACAGCAGCUGUGUCCUUUUGUCAGUUAAGGGUAAAAGUAUACACCUUUCCUGCUCCUGGGAAGAUGAGAAAGCUGUGCUGAAUCUGGAGGAAUGCCAUGAAGAGGAUUUAAAGAAGAUCUAUCAGGACACAGACGCGGAUCGCUUCCUUUUCAUCAAGAAAACUACAGGAUUUUCUCUGACCACCUUUGAGUCUGUGAAGUAUCCCGGCUGGUUCAUCACCACUUCCUCUGAUGAUAGAAACCACUCGGUGGAGAUGUGUGAGGUGGAAUCUCCACGUAAUCGCACCUUCAAAGUCUACACUAAUUAGUGUGUCCGAGUCUACACAGCAGCGUGCACCUUUAACAUUAAAAUGCACAGAAUGUUAUUGUAAUUUUUAUAUAUCGCCACAAGAUGGCGCAAUUAUACGCUUACUUCCUAAACCUGCAGUUUCUAACGAUAUAUGUGAAGUUAGAUAAGCUAAUAAUUUCAUUUAAGCUACUAAAAUUUAUGUUAUUACUUACUGACAACAUACUUUACCAUGUUUAAUAUCUAUACUCUUUGAUAAAGAAACAUGUACGGGGAUAUUCCUCUUUAAUUCAUUAGAUUUAUCAUAAAGGUCAAGGUUUGAAUCUCUUGAGGACUGAUAAUGGUUGAGCACUACACUGCUCUACUCAUUUGUGUUCUGGACUUCAUGUAAAAGGGAAGUGUGUGUGCACUGCUGCAGAAGCAUCAUUAGCAUGCACAGGUGAUAGUCUCUGACCAAUCACUGUAUAGUAACGCCAUGGCUCAGUAAGGACCUGAGUAGUGUUUGGUCUAUGAUAGUAUUAUUCACCAUGUAAAACUAUAAAUUAAAAAGUGUAAUAAGUGGAAAAAAACCUUUUAAAAAUAUAUAUUGUAUAUACAUAUAUUGGUUUGUUUAUACGUGUUCUGAAUCUAUUUUUGUUAUUACUUUGUUUGCUUUGUGAACUAAAGAAUAAGCCAUUUUGAAAGUAAUUUAGGAAGUAACUUAGUGACUGUUACAAAUGAUUAUUUGGCAUCUCCACACAGUAGAUGUCUAUUAAUGGGAAAGAAGUACAUGUGUAAACAUUUAUUUUUUGUUGUAUUAUAAAACUAUUUCUUAGCUUUUUUUUCCCCUUUUUUUUGCCAUGAUAUCUAUUUUGGUGUGUGAAGGCUUGUUUUUGUUUAAUAAAAAUCUUAUAA